AGAGCGGACCCCCAGGACCCCCCCGGGCCGGGGCUGCCCCCCGGGGGGGCGCGGCCGGGGUCGGGGUCAGGGCACUUGGGGCCCCCCCGGGGGGGAAAUGACCUUCUCCAUCCCCACCCACAAAUGUGGGCUGGUCAUCGGCAGAGGGGGUGAGAACGUCAAGGCCAUCAACCAGCAGACGGGGGCGUUCGUGGAGAUCUCGCGGCAGCUCCCCCCAAACGGGGACCCCAACUUCAAACUCUUCGUCAUCCGAGGCACCCCCCAGCAGAUCGACCACGCCAAGCAGCUCAUCGAGGAGAAAAUCGAGGGCCCUCUGUGCCCCGUCGGCCCCGGCCCCGGCCCCGGGGGUCCCCCCGGCCCCGCCGGCCCCAUGGGACCCUUCAACCCCGGACCCUUCAACCAGGGCCCCCCCGGAGCCCCCCCACACCCCGGGGGACCCCCGCCCCACCAGUACCCCCCCCAGGGUUGGGGUAACGCGUACCCCCAGUGGCAGCCGCCCGCCCCCCACGACCCCAGCAAGGCGCCGGCCCCGGACCCCAACGCGGCCUGGGCCGCCUACUACAGCCACUACUACCAGCAGCCCCCCGGGCCCGUGCCCAGCCAGCCCCCCCGCCCGCCCCCGCCCGUGCAGGGAGAGCCCCCCCAGCCCCCCCCCGCCGGCCAGGCCGACUACACCAAGGCCUGGGAGGAGUACUACAAGAAAUUGGGCCAGCAGCCGCAGCAGCCGGGGGCCCCCCCACAGCAGGAUUACACCAAGGCCUGGGAGGAAUAUUACAAAAAACAAGCCGCCCAGGUGGCCUCGGGGGGGGGUCCCGGGGCUCCCCCCGGCCCCCAGCCCGAUUACAGCGCGGCCUGGGCCGAGUAUUACCGGCAAGCAGGCGGCGUACUACGGCCAGAGCCCCGGGGGGGCCGGGCCCGCGGGACCCCCCCCCGGCCCGCGCAGCAGGGACAGCAGGCUCAGUGACCCCUCCCCCAUCUGUGACCCCUCCCCCUCCCCUCCCCCACCCCCCCCCUUUUGUUUUGGGCGAGCGGCCGGAGGGGGGAGGGGCCCCCCAAAAAAAAAAUCCCC